AUUCAUUCAAAGCGAUCGUUCGACCGGUCCUGCAUGUGUUGUGUGUCCGCACCCACCACAGAUGAGAUGCCCACACACGCCCACGUCCGUCGGACAUGGGCGGUCGUAGGGGGCGGCACGGCAGACUCUCUCCUCCCUACUCUUGUACUACCUGACCUGACUGACACCAUUAUACGAUCCAUCCAUCCAUCCAUCAACGGCACAUAGCUCACACACACAGACACAAAGCACUCACCGUCCCCAUCGAUGCAUUCCAUCAUCGCACAUGCGCUUCGGUCAUUACAGUCAAUCAAUCACGUCACCUCACCCACGCGUGCACGCACAAACCUCUUUCUUGACCGAGGCGGCGAAAAAGGACAACGGGACAAGGGAGCAGCCAAACACACGGCAGACAGACAGACAGACAUACAGACAGACAAUCGGAGAGGGGCGGACCGGCCUAAGGGCUAAAGCAAGCAGCGCCUGUGUGGUGUGUUGGUCGGUCUACUCGCCACAGCAGACCUCCACUGCCUUCUUGGGUGAGUCUUUGGGCUUGACGUUGACUUCGAUGGCCUUGACCUUGCCGCCCCUCUCGAUGAUCACGUGAGACCUGUCGACAAACACCCCGACACACACCAUCAACAUGGCGUGGGUGUGGGCGGUGGUGGGUGGGGACUUACCGCUUGAUGCUCUUCGGUGCCUUGAGGACACCGAACGACUUGAGGACCUCUGUCGUUCCACACAGCAGGGAGUAGGGCAGGUCGAUCUUCUCGUGCCAGUUGGACUGUAACAAACACACACACACAACACGCAGGAGAGAGGAGGUGAGUAUCGUCGCCCCCCUCCCUCUCUCUCUCUCUCUCUCUACCUGUGCCUUGGUUUUGUCGAGUGACAUGCCGAAGACCUCGAAGCCCGCCUCGCCCAGCUGCUCGUACACCUCCGCAAACCCCUUGGCCUGAAGCAACCAACACACACCCAUUAGGUGCACUUCACGUGCACACGGAUGGAUGGAUGAAUGGAUGGAUGGGUGGCCAGCCAUCCAUCGCAGGUCAGUUAGGUACCUUACCUGUGUGGUGCAUCCGCCAGUGUUGGCCUUGGGGUAGAAGAAAAUGAUGACGCCCUUGUCCUUGUACACGUCACUCAGCUUCACUUUCUCGCCCGAGUGGUCAUCCUGACACAGAGAGACAGAGAGAGCACCGAGGCGCAGAGGACGUCAGUGCACUCGUCCGUCUGUAUGGUUGCUGUGUCGUGUCGUCUUGCAUUGGGGUGGGCGAACCAGCUCAAAAUCGGGUGCCGUCUGGCCGACGAGGUCGCCUUCCGCCUCUUCCUCCUCCUCGUCGUCAGCAGCUGCCGCGGCGGCCGGCUCAGCCUUCUUCUUGGGCCUGCCCUUCUUCUUGGGGGGCUCCUUGACCUCCUCCUCCUCCUCUGCUGACAUGGACACCACAGCACACACAUCACAUGCAGGUCAGGUGCGGGAGAGAGAGAUCUGCAGAUAGAUCUGCGGCACACAGAUCCGCUGCGUUCGUCGGUAUGCUGACCGUGCUCGUCUUCCUGGUCGUGUUCCUCCUCGUCGUCAUGGUGGUCCUCCUCCUCCUCAGGCUCGGCGGCCUUCUUCUUUGCCGCCGCCUUCCUCUUCUGCUUCGGUGCCUGGUGGACACGCACGACACAGACACAUCACAGGCAGUGGAAGAUCCUGACCCCCGCGACCUCCCCCGAAUGCAUCCCGGGCGUGUGUGAGCCUGCGAGGCUGAGAGCCUACCAUAUUUGAGCCGCCUCGCUAGGGUGCGGACGUCGCGAACGAGCGUGUCGACAAAGGCGCGGGCAGACCAGCCCUCAGCCC